CCGCCGCUCCCGCACGCCGCUCCUGCUGCCGUUGCUAGGCCUUUGCACUGAAGCCAAGUGAAGAACCUCAGAAUUGCACUACUCAGCCACAGCUCUACUAGCAACAAAGCAACUGCACCACCACCGAGCCCUCCAGGCCUGGUUUUGAUCCUCCCUGCCCACUGCUGCCAUCUCAGUGCCUGGAAGCCAGUGCUCAGCAGGAGCUCUAAUUCACCCCCCACCCCCCUGGACCACUCCCCAUCAUGUUUCAGCGUCUCACCAGCCUCUUCUUCAGCGACAGCAACUUGCCAGAAGGGCUAGAGGAGCCCAAACCCUUUGUUGAGGCAGAGGAGGAAGAGGAUGGUUGGCUCAUAAUUGAUCUUGCAGGCAGCCGUGCCCGCCCCGGCGCAGCCCAGCGAGCAGCUGCGGGCGGGUCCGGGCGCCCGGCGCGCUCCCGCCCCACGCCCCCUGGCCCGGCAGCUUCCCCGGCUCCGGCCGGUCCCUGCUUGAUGGACGAGAGUUGGUUUGUCACCCCUCCCCCCUGUUUUACUGCAGAGGAGCCUGGCCCCGACGGUAUGGGCAGCAGCCCCAUGGAGGACCUGCUCAUCGAGCACCCCAGCAUGUCCGUGUAUGUCACCAGCACCCUCGAGGUGGACGGGGAGGGCCCCGAGGACGAUGUCACCGGGGAGGUGCUGGAGCCGCGGCUGGAGCGGCUGGUGCCGCACCACAGCAGACCCCUGUCGGUGAAGGCUGCCCUCCUGGAGAAGGUGGGGCAGACGCGGCGGGUGCAGCGUGCCAAGCAGCUGGCAGAGAAGCACCUGCUGGGCCAGAAGGCGCUGCAGCGGCAGAACCGUGCCCGCCAGCGCCCGCCGCGCCGAGCCAAGCCGCACGCCGGCCCCUUCCUGCACCAGCCCUGCCAGCACCACUGCAACUACUGA